AUGUUUUUCUCUUUUAGUAAUUUAACUAACAAUCCAAACAUAUCAUUAAUUUCCUCAAUUCCAACAAACAUAACAACAAAAACAUUCAACAAAACAUUCACUAACAACAUUUUGUUUACUUCAACAUUUCUUCCCCCAACACAACAUUUUUUAACUAACCAAACAUUCGAAAACAUUAAUUUAAACAAUGUUUCUGAACAAAUCCAAAGGAUAACCAACAUUUCUUUACUUCAAAAUCAGAAUUUAAACUCAACAUUUUUACAUCUUAAACAUCAAAGCAAUUUACAUUAUAAGGAAAUUGAAUGUUUUGAAGCAGAACCAAACACUGCUUUACUUACAGCGAUUGUUGUUUUCUCAACUUUUAUUUUAGCUUUUAUGUUGAAAAAGUUGAGAGAAAGUUUUUAUUUGGGAAAACAUUUAAGAAAAAUAAUUGGUGACUUUGGUGUUUUAAUUUCAAUUACAUUAAUUGCUCUUAUGGGUAUUGCUAAUUAA